AUGCCCAAGGUAGCAUGGAGGCUGAGAGAACAUGACACAAAUCCUUGCUUGUUGGAAUCUGAUGUUUCUACCAGAGAUAGGGAUGAAAAUAACUAUCACAGGGAGAGGUACUCCACUUACUUCUUAAACUACAAAACCUGCCAAAAAUUCUGGAAUUCUAUCAUGGGUCCAGAGAAGACAGAAUGGAGUAAAGUCAUCUAUGCCUACAGCAGGAGAAAGAGAUGA